AUACUGUGAUAAGGGACAGUUUACCUGGCUGAAGAUCCUCGUCCUUAGUGAUCUGUGGCAUUUAGAAACGCAGGGCAAAGUUUACAAAUAAUGCAUUUAGAACAUUUAGCUGGCUUUAAGAUUGAUGCUAAAUAGAAACAAAGGAGCGUGUUUAGUUAAAUACAUAUUUUUGCAUCGUGGUGACAUUUUGCCUUUAUAAAAAUGGAUAACCUGUUCGAUGAUUUUGCGAAGUUUGGUGCAGCUUCUGAAAAAAAAGUGUCCUGUUUUUGCGCACCUCUAUGUCCAAAUGGCGAAUCGCGCGGAACAUGCGAGACGAAACCUGGCGGAAAAUGUUUUACCGCGACGGAAAAAAUAAUAGAAUAUGGAAACGAAAAAUUGAAUGUAGAAUAUGGUUGCUUACCACCAGAUGCAAUGUCAUUGUUACAGUGCAAUAUAGUGGCAAAAGUACACAACAAUACUGGCAAGGGCGUAGAAUGUUGCAACACUCACGAUUACUGUAACAACUUUCUUCUGCCCUCCACUCCGCACGCAAAAUCAACAGACAGAUCGACAAAUAUUAACUUACAUAUUUUCCUUGCAUCGACUGUGAUUUCUUUAAUUGGAGUUAUUAUCAUCGUAAUCUAUUUUAUUAAGAAAAAGUUACGAUAUGAGGAGGUGGAUCUUGAAAAUGGGAUACCUGAAGUAGAAAAUAUAACUGGAAGAGAAGCAGUGGUUGUCUCAUUCAGCGUAGAAAAUUCAUGGAGAACGAGAACGAUCAUACAUGAUAUAGAAUUUGAUACCCAAAUUGCAAAAGGAAAAUUUACUGAAAUAUGGCGAGGCACUUGGAGGGGCGAUCCGGUUGCUAUCAAGAUCUAUAACAAAGACGCAGAAAAAGAAUGGAAGAACGAAGUUGACAUAUUUCAAACUCCCUUACUAAAGCACGAUUGCAUAUUGGCUUAUAUUGCGUCUACGAUAUCAGAUGACAAAAAAAUGCACAUUAUCACCGCUUAUCACAGUGCAGGCUCCUUAAGACGUUUCCUCAACACCAACACGGUUAAUCAAUCGGAACUGAUAGAAAUGAUCACCGGAUUAGCUAGUGCUCUCAAUUUCUUACACAUGGAAAUGCUUGCCUUAAAGACUAAACCACGCGUUGCACACAAUAAUAUAAACAGUUCCAGUAUUUUGGUAAUGGAAAAUAAACGGUGUUGCUUCAGUGAUCUUUCCCAAGCAAAGAAUUUUUCAGUUGUUAGUAAAGAUAACAGUAUCGAGUAUAUGAAUUCAGACAUUCGUUAUUUAGCUCCGGAAUAUUUGAACAAAAGCUUUGACCCACUGACUGAUGAAUCGUUUAUGAAAGCGGACAUCUACAGCUUUUCUCUUAUCAUCUGGGAAAUUAUGAAUAGAUGCGAAGACGCUCUGGGAAUCGUUAACACAACUUACACAAUUCCAUACGACGACGAAUUGAAGAGCAAUAAUUUAGAACUAUCUCUGAACAGUAUGCAGGAAAUUGUAGUAUCCAGGAACAUCAGGCCGCACAUAAAUAGCGAAUGGGCCCAAAAUGUUGGAUUGAAGGAACUUAUAAAAAUAAUGUUGGAAUGUUGGAACCAGGACUCGUCCGUAAGGUUCACUAGCUUAAGGCUUAAAAAAAACAUUCUAAAAAUUGAAAGACAAAAUUGUGAAAGAAAAACUGAUUAAUAAAACUAAAGCAAUACCAACAGAAAUAGUAAUAUAUUAAAUAUAUUAUACUUUACAUAGGUAUGUAUUCUAACAGUACGUGACAAAAGGUUGAAAAAAAUCGAAAUAAAAAAUAAAUUAUGCACAAA